AACAAUGGGCUCGUCGUUCACAGAGUAGGUACAUGCUCAGCUGCAUGUCUCUGAUGGGGACGAGGAUAUUCAAAGCCUGCCCUUGACUAACGCAACAUGAUUUCAGCAAUGUAUGCACAUUGCAAUCAUAUAGGAACAUAUCUGUGAUUGCCACCUUAUUUUGAUCAUCACUGAAGCAACUUAAAGAAAAAAAUUAUGGGAAGCUUUGGAGAACAGGCUCUACCUGGAACAUUUUUCAUUCUGUUUGCACUGUGGUAUGUUGUACAGACCUUCUGCCGUUAUUUCAGCUGCAAGCAACGUAGUGCUUGCUUUGCAUCUACAGUGGCUUUCUCAAGUGACUGCCUUUGUGGCCGACUGAAAAUUUUGCCUAUGGAAACUUUUGUCAAGAUUUCUUUAGUGACUAUAGUAUUUUCAGGAGAAGUCAUCACUGGUUUUAGUAAUAGAACUUUGUCAUCUCUUGGCCAUUCACAAUGUGCUACAAUGUCAUUUUACUUUGGAAUUACUGCAGUUGUUGAUCUGCUUGUAUUCUAUAAUUUUCCUGUGCCACCUGAUAUUGAUUAUGUCAGCAAUAUUUUAGCCCUUUUUGCUGAAUGGCUAUUAUUUCAUUUUCGUUUUUAUGAACAAACAGAAUUAAACAUUUUACUCCAUACCUUACUUAAAUGUAUCAUCAUGGCAAAUAUAGCUGCUAUUGCUAUGGAAAUGUAUUAUCGUCACAGUCUUUUUGGACCACUAGGACGUUCAUACUUUCUGCUGCUUCAAGGGACGUGGCUGUGGCAAGUUGGUUUUAUUCUUUACAACCCCACUUCUGGACCAAAACCUUGGAAAGAAGAUGACCAAACUGAGUUAUCAACUGCAAGCCUAUUCUUCAUCUGGCACUGUGGUGUGGAUUUUAUCAUUAUUUUGCUAACUGGAGCAACAGUUGCCUGCUGUUACCAUCACAAAGGUGUAAAUUUGCAGGAUGAUGGAUAUGGUGUGAUGCGCCUUUUACAUUCUGAUGAUAAUUGUGUCAAUGGCCAGUCCACUGUUACAAUGAAUAAUUAUGAUAUUGAAGAUGAUCUAGAAUUUCAGAGUACCAGUGACUAAUAAUAAUGUUUUUAAUAUUGAAGAUUACUGUUCCCUAAUGGGUCACAAUGAUUUUUUUAAAAAUAACACACACUAAAAUAAUGAAAACAGCAUAAUAAGAUUCUGCAUGUACUAUCAGUCAAAAGCAUAACAGAACAAGUGCUGCUUAAAUGAUGAUGAUGAUGCAUAUCUCAGCUUAAAGGUAAGGAAUUCUAGACAGCUGCAGCAACAAAGGGAAAUGUACCCACCAAAAGAAUGUAAUUCUAGGAACAGCAGCUUUUCUCUAGACUCUAGAGGAGCGGAGCAAACUAGAAGGAGAAUAGGCUUACAGAGUUGCAGAAAGAUAGGAUAUGUGCCUUCAAACUGGCAGAAAGCUAGAGUUGCAAUUUUGUACUGUAGACAAAAUUUCACUGUCAACCAAUGAAGUUCCCUGGGCAAAGAUGGUAUGUGCUCAUUCUUAGAUGACUGAUUAGCAACUUGGUAGAAAAACAUUUUAUAGUCAGUUAAAAAAAAAAUUCCAAUCAUAGAUAUGUUUCUGUAUGAUGCAUAUGCUUUAGUCACAGGCUAUCAUUGACAUCAUAUCAUACAUGAUUGAGAUGCAACUAUGCAGUUAGGACAUAAAGAGCUAUAAAAGGAAGAAUUUAUACAGACAUUUUUUUUCCUUUUAGCUCUCUCCCUUUAGCCAUUUUUCAGCAUCUUAUUGCAAGCUUUUGCUAUUUGAAAAUAAGUUUUAUAAGCAGAGUGGGUGUAUUGCAGUUCUUAUUUUGAUAUCGAUUUAUAAUUUCAACAUUAGGGAAGACAAGAUAUAAUUGCAUACAACUUUACCCUUGUACCUCUCAUUUGUGCAAUAUUAGUGCAUUUUGUGUUUUGUUUGUUGAUAGUGACCUAAUUUUCCAAAUAUCAAAACCAUGCAUCUCAGGUCUGCUUGCUUACUAUUUUUUUUUCACUUGCCUCACCUGUAAUUUGGAAGAUUCAAUAGUGCAAAAAGUACUUUUUCUUUUCUUGUUUCCACAGGUCAUACUUGUUAGACCAAGUUUUUCUUGAUUGUGAAGUGUUUUCUCCAUGUUUGGUGACUGCUCUUUCAAACUUUGUAUGAAUUACAUGUGUCUUAUCAUAUGUGUUUAAGUGUUUGAAUGGAAUGCAGCACUUUUUUGGUAAUAAUCUUGCCAUUUCAGUGUAUCUGUCCACAUAAUUGAGAUGUUUUUAGUGUGUAAAUGUUUUAUCGUAUACAUAUGAUAUGUAUAGUACCUUUGUAUAAUUUUUUUCUUAGCCUUUCUUUGUGGACUAGUGUUACAUAAUACCUUUAGAGACAGAUGACCUAAUUUUCAAGUUUUACUGAAAUAUAGAUAACCUGUAACUUUUGUAACUUUCUAGUUAUACAUCUGGAAGUGGGCUGUCAUAUAACUUUUGUUUUGUAAACUAAUCACAACUUUUAUAUUGCUUUGUUGUAAGUCUCCUUAUCUUCCUUUAAAAUGUUAUUCUCAAAAAGUGCCUUAGAUCUCCCAUAAAGGAAGUUCACAAGUUUUAUUCAUACAUUUGUUGCUCACUUUCGUUGCUCAUUUGACAUAAAAAGCAGAAGUGCAGGUUAGCUGAAGUUAGCAGAGGUGAACCCAGAUAUCACCAAAUGAGGUCCAUCCCAGUAGAUUUAGGUACACAGCCAAUAUUACUAAUAUUAUACGCAUUUUAUAGGGAAUCAUUUACACUGUGGCUGCAAAACCUAGCAUUAGUAGAGACCAAAGGAGAUACCAGCUGCGUUAAGUGUACAACAGCCUUAUUCGGUUAUGAUUCUUAGUUCACCUGAGGGUGGUGUGCGCUGAAUACACUCCAGUCACUCAGCUUUAUGGACACCCUGUUAAGUCCAUGUACAAUUUAACCUUCACUAUAGCCAAAGGGUUUACAAAUGCUUUUUCUGGGUUUUCUUCAGAAAUGAUCCAGUUCUGCUGACCCACCGCCCAAGAUAUACCUAAGUGGCGAGCCUCGUCCCUUUCUGUGACUAGCUAGCUUCCCCGACGACCGCUAUUUUCGGGCCAUCUUACAUGUAAAGAUGUUUUGUUGUUUGUUUGAAUGGAACACGUGUCAUUGACGAAAUGUAUGUCUGUGUGGUGUGCACUCGAAUCCUAACCCUGUGUCUCUGACAAAAAUCCAGAACAAAAAUUGUAAAUGACGAAGAAGUUAUACCGAUUGGGAACUGAAUGACGCACCGUAAAGAACACAUCAGAAUAAAAGAAGUGAUCGAGUUUUGUGCGCGGGGGGUCUGGGGUGGCACAACGCGAUCGUUAUAUAGCACACCCGACGAGCUCUUGGGUGAAAAUCCAAAUUGGAACUUCCGUCCUCGAUCGAGCGGUCCGGUGGCGCAACGGUUAGCGCUGUUAGCGCCUGUCACCAAUACAGUGAAGGUUGGCUGCCCUGAGUUCAUUUCUCGUCUCGGGCACGCUGAUCUUUCUCUGCACGUGGCAUCUGUUUACAGGGCUGGCUGCUUGCCGUAAUAUAGCCUUAGCUGCUGACACGGCGUAAAACACCAAUUUCCCCCCCCCCCCUCCCCGUCCUCGAUCUCCCCUGGAACAAGAAAGAGGAACGCUGACUAGUUAUAUAAUCUUUGGUGCCGCACAUGUUUAGAUAGGUAAAACAAAUUAGUCCAACUAUACGUGCAAUAAACAGGGGAAAGGGAGAUGAAAGGAAAGUGCUGGACAUGUGGUCACUUGAAGCGGGCUUCAACCGAUCGACAUCGGUGGCGGACUCUGGUUGAGGUCUUAUGUGCAACCUGACGCAUGAAGAGGACGUGUAGUAAUUGUAAAGUUAUCAACUUUAGUAAUACAUAUGUAACAGUCAGGCAGUCCUUUGAUGAUAGAAAUGAUUAUUUUAUUUUUAUAAAUGUUGACUGCAUGUUGCCAUUAGGAAAGGCGGAAAAAUAAGCAAGUUAUGACGUCACACGUGAAGCAUUUAUGGAUCUGUCGUUUUAUUUGUAACACAACGUUCGUUGCUGUUGUUUUGCAUGUUGUAUCUUCUGUUAAUUUUCUGAUUAAAACUGGCGUCAUUUUUUAAAAAAAAAGAAUACAUAAUUCUUUCUAAAAGAAGUAUAAACAGCACAUGUAACGAUAAUAUCCGAAAAACUCGAUGGCAAAAAAACAGUUUUUUCACUCUGAGCACCAAACUACUAUUUGGUGUGAAUGCAAAAUGGAUAAAGCGAUUACUAUUCCCUUUAUACGUUAAUAAAAUCUGCAUUGUGGACAAAUCGAGUAAAGGGGGAAGUAUAUAUAUAGAGUUCACGAAUCCUCCAUGCACUAUCUAGCUGUUGUAUUAUUGUAUAUUAUGUACUAUGUGUAUUACCCUGCUACUAUGGCACAUUUCCUUGUUUUUAAUUGUAACAAUAACGAAAAAGUCUGCUUAGUAUCCUGUUUAAUGACCAGAAACAGUCCUUAUAGUUUGUUAUGUUCGUUUAUCACUGUGUAAAACUGGAAUACAUGUAUCAUUCAAAUAAUUAAUGAGUUUUUAUGAA